GUUAACUUAAUUUAAUUAUUCAACAAACAAAAUGAUAUGGCCACACCUUUCGGGUCAUUCGAGAGGGUGGAAUCCUUAAAUGUCCUGCGCAUAUUCUAUUCACACUAAUGUGAAUGUGAAGUAAAAACAAUGUUACAUACAAGGACAUUCUCCAGUAAAAAAUAAAUAUCUAACUUGCUCUAAAAGAUUCAUAAAUAGUUCAUUAAUUAUAAAAAUCCUCUUAGUGUUAGCAACAUGAAAUCAUAUUGUUAUCAAUCCCUUAUUUCUCUGUGUAUUGCUUUAAUAACACUCAAGGAUUAUUAUGUUUGGACCAUAAACGCAACAUAUGAGAGCAAUGGGUUUCAACAGUUACCUGGAAUAUGUCAACUAUAUAAUGGGACGAUUUGCAAAGAAUUUUUAAAAAAUUCGUAUGUGUUUAUAUCUCCAAACGUAACCAUUUAUGAUUUAGAAGAACGAUUGAGAGCCGCCUAUGGGGUUAUUAAAGAGUCAAAAGAUAUGAAUUCAAACUGCCGAAAAUAUGCUCUGCCGAGUUUGUGUUUGAGUUCACUUCCAAUAUGUAGAACACCUGAACGAACCAAUUUAUUAUAUUUUGCCAAUGUUGCGAUGAUCAAGAAUAAAUACGGUGGAAAUUAUACACGAAGGAAAAGAUUUGUUUCAAAAGAUAGUAAAAAUAGGCAUUCGUUUCUUAAAAAAAAAUCGGUUUACUACAGCGACGUAUUCACGAAAGAUGUGUCAAGCAAAUAUCCUCCAACUAGAGAAUCUGAAAAUUUAAAACGGAUUUGUCGAGAAGAAUGUGAACUUUUAGAAAAUGAGCUGUGCCAAAAAGAAUAUGCUAUUGCUAAACGACAUCCAGUAAUUGGUAUCGUAGGAGUAGAGGAGUGCCAGAAAAUACCCCAAGACAAAGAUUGCUCUACAUUAGGGAUAACUAUUGAAGUAGAUGAUGCUGAAAACUGCUUUUGGGAAGACGGUUCAAGUUACAGAGGAAUUAAAAACGUUAGUGUAUCUGGGAAGCCGUGUUUAAGAUGGUCUUGGCUUAUGAAAGAAAUCUCAGACUUUCCAGAACUUAUAGGACAAAACUAUUGCAGAAACCCAGGAAGCAUGGAAAAGACACCGUGGUGUUUUGUGGAUGACAAAUCAUUAGAUCGAAGCAUUGAACCUUGUGAUAUUCCAAAAUGUGUUGAUAAAAUCUGGCUAAGUAUUAUUGUAACAUUAGGUUUGAUAAUAGCAACAGUAGUCCUCAUUUCAAUUUUACUUCUGAAGAAAAAAAAAUGUGAAAUGAAAAAUAUACAAAAUAUUAACACACCUAAUGCUGGCAACAAUAUUUAUGGAAACUCUCAAUUAAAUACAAACCAAGAUUCAGGAAGACCUUCAAAUAGUCUCAUCGAUCAAAUAGGCAUACCAUCCAAAAAUAUAGAAAAAAAUUCACUUUUGCGAAUUCCACAUUUUACUUUACAAGAUAUUGAGUUUUGUGAGGAAUUGGGAGAAGGAGCAUUUGGCAAAGUGUAUAAAGGGCAAUUAACACAACCUAACAAGAAAACUGUCAAUGUUGCCAUCAAAGCGUUAAAAGAAAAUGCGUCACUUAAAACGCAGCAAGACUUUAAACGUGAAAUUGAAUUAAUCUCGGAUCUCAAGCACCAAAAUAUUGUUUGCAUAUUAGGGGUUAUUUUAAAUAAAGAGCCUUACUGCAUGCUCUUUGAAUAUAUGGCAAAUGGCGACUUACAUGAGUUUCUAAUAUCGAAUUCACCAAUUGAAAAUAAAUCCUUAUUACAAUUGGAAUUUUUAAAAAUAGCAAUGCAAAUAAGUGAAGGAAUGGAGUAUCUAUCAGGUCAUCACUAUGUACAUCGAGACUUGGCAGCUAGAAACUGUUUGGUCAAUGAUGGGUUGAUUGUGAAAAUAUCUGAUUUUGGAUUGUCGCGAGAUAUUUACAGCUCUGAUUAUUAUAGAGUGCAAUCCAAAUCAUUACUUCCAGUUCGAUGGAUGCCCUCUGAGUCUAUUUUAUACGGGAAAUUCACAACUGAAAGUGAUAUAUGGUCAUUUGGCGUAGUUCUCUGGGAAAUAUAUAGUUAUGGAAUGCAGCCCUAUUGUGGUUACAGUAAUCCAGAGGUGAUAAAUUUAAUAAGAUCCCGCCAGUUACUAUCUUGCCCAGAUAAUUGCCCAACUGCAGUUUAUUCUCUGAUGAUUGAAUGUUGGCAUGAACAAGCUGUAAAACGUCCCACAUUUUCAGAUAUUUCACAUCGAUUAAAAACGUGGUACGAUGGCCAUGUCAAAAUCAGUAAUCAAAAAUCAGAAAUAAAUUAAUAUAUGUAAACUGCAAA